AUGGAUCAGCUCUCGCUGGUGGCGGAACAUUGCGCGGCUUUCGACCAUGCCUUCGCCUUCCAAGACGCCGAAGUCUUGGGCCAAGGGAGCGAUCAAACGGUCAGGGAGACGCUCGAAGCCUGGCACACCACAACUACCUCGAUUAACCGCUGCGUAACUUUGCCGGCCGCCUAUCAAGCCUUACGGGCGAAAUUCAAUAAGCAGGGCCACCGACGAGGCGUCAGGCCAGAGAAGGCAGCAGUCGAACCCAAACCCAGCGGGAACACAGACGGGCAUGGACAGGAAUCGGGAACCGACGAAACCAGGGGACAACCGGCGACGAACACAAACCUAGGAGACCGCCUUCUGGGUCCGAACACAGACAGACGCCAGCCCCUGGGGAGAGCGCCAGACAGUGACAGGACCCCCCAGCCCGACGUCAACACCAGCAUGACAACCACCAUCAACACAGUUACGGACAGGUAUGAACGGGGCAGCGACAGUGACAGGCACCCCCAGCCCGACGUCAACACUAGCAUGGUAACCACCGUCCACACGGGUACGGACGUGUGCGAACAGGGCAGGAAGGCGAGAUGCGCGGAGGGCAGACAACGGACAAUGCAAACAAGAGCAAUGACCGCGGUCGCCCUGAUGCCGCUCCCCUUCUCACACCCGACAAAGAAUGAGGAGGAACCGUUGCCGCCAUGA